CUCUCAUAUGUAUCACUGUGCAUAUGUUCUGUUUGGCCGCCGCCUCGUACUCGCUCGCCUGGCCGACGCUGCGCGGGCCGCUGCGAUACCCGAGCGCCUCGAGGUCGGCGCCUGUCCUCGCGGCGAGCAGCGGCCCGGAGCUCUCGAGACUGGUCGUCCUCUCGGAGAGGCGCUCGUCGCUCGAGGUGGAGGCAAGCGCCGACGAGUGCGCACAGCUCGCCGAGCGCUUUGGCUGGGCGAAGCUGAGCUGGCUCCGUGCGACGGCGACCCUCACGCGUUUCGACGCGGCGCGCCGCCGGACGCGCGUGUCCGGCAAGAUGUGGGGGCAGCUCGCGCGGACGGGCGCAGAUGGCGGGCGGCGUGUCCUGACAGUCGAGGCGGAGCCGUUCGAGUCGGUCUACGUCCCCGCCGGCGCCGGCGAUGGCGCCGACGCCGCCAUCGACUUGGAGGCAGACUUUGACGACGAGAUGGGCUCGGGCGGAGAGAUCGACGUCGGCGAGUGCGUUGCGCAGCACUUUUACCUGCACGUCGAAGACGGCGCGCUCGAGGAGCUCGCCGAGUGGGUGGGGUCCGGCCUCGAGGCCGACGGCACGGUGGUCUACGACUCGACGGGGUGACAUUUUGUGCGGGCUGUCCCGGUGCGGCAUCGUACGUGUACGGGCUGGGUAGGGACCGGGAAACGUCGCGGCGAGGGGAGCGCAGAGUGGAGAAGCCGUAACGGCGGUAUAUAAUGGGGUGUAUUCUCGGUCGCGGUGUAUACACUCUACGCGAUGGCGUUAUA